GGAGCGGAGGCGUGGUCACACGCACGUACGAGUCUCACUCCGACCGGCGAGAGAGUUGCGCGUGCGCAUGUGCGUCGGUUACCUACUCUUUGUUUACAAACAACUUUAUUCUUUUUGACCCUCGAUUUUUUAUCGCGUCCAUUCACCAAAAUUGUCAUUGAAUAGUGGAUACGGGCAUUUGGAGAUCAGUGAACCGAAAAAAAUGGCGCUCAUAACAGAAAAUAUGGAUCUGGAAAGAGAAUACUCUCCCAGCAUGUGGUCGACGAGGUUUCCUUCAGCCCAGGACGUUCUUCAGCAUCACAUUAACUUCGUUACCUCAGCAAGCGAAGUAGUUAUGAACAACAUACCUCACAAAUCGGAAAUCGAAUAUGGUUCAACUCCUGGACAGAAACUGGACAUAUUGGGAACUGAUCUUCCAGAUGAUUCCCCUAUACUGGUCUUCGUUCACGGUGGCUACUGGCAGGAGCUCUCGCGAGAAGUGUCCCGGUAUCCAGCACAGACGCUACAUAGAUUCAGGAUUAAGACGAUCGUUGUUGGAUAUGAUUUGUGUCCAGUCGCUACGCUGCCAGAAAUCGUCAACCAAAUACUGAAUGCAGCAAGAUUCGUGUUCGAAUAUGCUGAGAAAAUGGGAUCAAGGGGUGUCUAUUUCGCUGGUCAUUCUGCUGGAGCGCAUCUGGUUGCAAAAUUGCUGUCAAAUUCAGAUUUCCUCGAGAACACACCAGGGUCUCGUAGGCUUCAAGGAGCUUUCCUCAUCUCCGGAAUUUUUGACUUACGGGAAUUAAUACACACUACCGUAAAUAUAGCUGUUCAGCUCCCACGAGAAUGGGCUGUCCCGCUCUCGCCUCAGUUCGACUGCUUCACCCACCUCCAAGCUAGAAAAGUAAGGGUAUACAUUUUAGCUGCACAAAACGACAGUCCGACAUUCAAGAAACAAUCCAGAGAGUUCUACGAAUUGCUUUAUAACACUUGCUUAAUGCAAAACAUGUAUUUAGAAAUAAAAGAUGAUAUGGACCAUUUCGAUAUCGUCGAAUGCUUCGCGAAUAACAACAACUAUUUGAAGAAUUUAUUAGUACAUGAUAUUCGUAAGCAUUUAUAAAUUAGAAAAUCAUUAUAUGAGUUAUAUAAACAUUUGUGUAGAUUUUAUAUCAAUAUAUUAAUAUUGUUACACGCUAUCGAUACCUAUACAAUAGAGUAUAAUCUAAAAUAUAUUAUUUAAUUCGGUUGUUUUAUGUUGUGCUUAAUUAUUUUAAACCAUUAUAAAUAUUUUAGUAAUCAUUUUGUUGACUUGCAAUGUGUUUUUUAUAAUGGCAAAAAUUCAAAAAAUUUAAUAAAGAAAAACUUCUAACUACUUCAAAUCAAAUGAAAUAAUGUAUUUUAAAAAUUGACACUAUAAAAUAAGAUUCGAUAUUAUAACGUAUUUAAACGUUUUUAUAUCUUUAAGAAAAAUAUAACAUAAUCAUUAUGUGCUUUAUUUUUAUUACCCUGCUUGGGUUAAGUUAUAAUAAUUAUUGUUACUAAGAUUUCAUUAUAAAAUGUUAAAAUAUUUGCAUUUGUUGUCAAAAUAAUGUAAUUGUCUCGUUACAAUGUAAUGUAAUCUUGUUACGUUAAGAAUAUUUGAUAAUGUAAGAUUAAAGUUUAUAUUCUAAAUUAUUUUUUCGCUAAUACCAUCCGUAACUUAUUUUUUAUUUUGAUCGAUAUACCGUAUUUUCUAUACUGGGUACUGUAUACAUAGCAAUGAUACUGGAACUUCAGGCCUAUAGAAAUAUGACAACUUAAUAAUAUAAAGGUUCUAUGUCACAUUUUUAAGCUUUAGAAUUUGUUACUUCAAUUAAUAUUUGAAGUCACUACACAUCAUCUUUAAUUAUCACGUUAUAAAACUUUAAUAGCUAUAAACGUAAUGGAUAAAUUGCUUAAAAUCAUCUUUUGGUUACAGGACACGUUUAUAUGUCUUGAAUUAAAAGAAUCAUAUUGUUAAUAUAGCUCACUCUUUUUACUAUAGGCAUAAGUACAUAUAAAAUAUUUUUUUAUUUAAUUUACAUAAAUUAAUUAAUAAUUUUGGUUUGCGAAAGAGAUUUGACGCAUCAAUAAUUACAAUAAUUUACAUGUGUUGGGCUUUGUGCAAGCUCGUCUGGGUAGGUAACUUUGAAAAUUUGAGGUAAAUUUGUCUCAAAGUCAAAGUCAAAAAUCUAUUCAAUAUACACUAACUUAUUAAUUGUCAUAAAUCUACCACCGGUUCGGAAAUAAACACCUCAGACCUGAGAAGAACCGGCGAAAGAAACUCAGCAGGAUUGUUUUUAUAUCUCAUCCUUUACAAUUACAAGUAAUAAAAAACAAUAGCA